UGGGGGGUUUAAGACGCAGACAGAAGAACAGUGAGAAAAACACUUUUAUGUUAUCGUCGAAUCCAAUUGAAACAAAAAAAAAAAAAAGAUGGGUUCUUUAACUCAAGCGUGCUCUUCCUCUUCUCUGGCGAAGAGUGUGUUCUCCUUGGCUUCAUCACCUUUUAUCUUCACGAGCAGGCGCAAAUUCAGAGCAUCCACCUCCGCGUCGUCGGCGUCUAAUUCAGCUUGUCUCGAUGUAAAGGAAGUGAGAAGCACUGAUUUGGUGGACUUGGAGUAUGCCGACCUUAACCUCAAGUACAAGAUAUCUGAAGAAGUGGGUCAUGUAAGAAUCAGACAGCAUGUUAACCCUCUCAGUUCCUCUUUCUCUACGCCAGCUCCAGUUCCUGCUUGGGAGGAAGUGUAUAAGGAUCCAUCGCUACCUCUUAUGGUUGAUAUUGGAAGUGGUAGUGGCAGAUUCCUCCUGUGGCUAGCCAAGAAGAAUGCUGAUUCAGGCAACUACUUGGGGUUGGAGAUACGCCAGAAACUGGUCAAGCGUGCUAACUUUUGGGUUAACGAGCUGGGACUUUCUAACGCACACUUCAUUUUUGCAAAUGCCAUGGUUUCAUUUGAUCAUCUUAUAUCAAGCUACCGUGGACCGUUGGAGUUUGUCUCAAUCUUGUGUCCGGACCCACAUUUCAAGAAACGCCAUCACAAGAGACGUGUUGUGCAAAAGCCUUUGGUAGAUUCCAUUCUGAAAAACCUAAAACCCGGUGGAAAGAUAUUUGUGCAGUCAGAUGUGCUCGACGUAGCUCAGGACAUGAGAGAUCAGUUAGACGAGGAAGCAAAGGUUCUUGAACAUGUGGACACAGUCGAUACAGAGGAAGGUUGGUUAAGGGAAAACCCAAUGGGUAUACGAACUGAACGAGAGAUUCACGCUGAACUCGAAGGUGCAAGGAUCUACAGAAGACUAUAUCAGAAGAAGAUAUUGAUUGGUAGUCUUCAAUAAACCAUCAACGUGUAAUAGAGAAAAGCUAGAGCUUCAAAAUUCACAUGUUUUUGAGCAGUUUGAUUUAUUUUACAGAAACGCCCCAUAAGUUUCAGCUUUUAUCACAAUUUUAAGUAGUACAAUAUAAGAAAUAUGUAGUGGAUUAUGCGAGUGAAUUUUGACUAGACAGUCUAGAAUCAGAUCCUAUCAUAAUAUAAAAUUCUUGGAUUUUUA